AUGAAGCUUUUCUGCUUCAUCUUUAUAAUAACUACUAUCGAAGCGAAAUCCCCCCGAAAGUACUGCGACAUAGUUUCCAAUGACCCAACAAAGCACUGCUACGUGAAAGAAACUUUGACGAGUAUUCCACACAGUCCCAACCAACUUUCCGUGGACAAAACUACAAACACGUUGUACUUCAGUUUCGAUUUCGGCCAAGGAGAAUACGUGCCAGCUAUCCUCAAUAUUGAGACCAAAUCUCUUAGUGUUUUAAAAGGUGUUAAAGAUGCUUUUGCCAUAGCCAAUGACAAUGCUACAGGUGAUAUGUAUUUUGGCGGCAGUCACGGCAUCUAUAAGUACAACGCCAAUAAAAAGCUUUUGCAGAGGUUAAAUUUCAACAAUUUGGACAUUUGGUGGCUAUUUAUAAAAAAUCAUAUAUAUUUUAUCAAAUUUCCAAGUCUGAUCGCUUUUUAUUAUACUAACAAGAAUGUGAAACCAGUGCCGGAGCUCAAAGACAACAUAGUUCAUCAAUUUGUGUUGGAUAAGGAUGACAAUAUAUUUUUUAUAAACGGUACCGGUUUAUUUGGUAUUAAAAAUAAUGAUGACCAGCCUAUUUUAUUGAGGGAUCAUCCGAAAUUUCUUGGAAUAACUACGGAUAAUAAUGGAUUCGUGUAUGUUUGCAGUGAAGACGGGAUCUUUGUUGUAACAAGUGUGAUUCAGAAAGUUAAGAAAGUGAUUAACGCACAGAGUGUAUUGGGUAUAACGUUUGAUAGUUCUAACAAUCUAAUUUAUUCAAACUCACAUGAUAUAAUUAGACUAAUUCCUGUGUAUGGUGGUUAUUUUACUGAAGGUAAGGAGUAA